AUGGCGACAUAUGCAUAUGAGAGCGAGAGCCUUUCCCUUCGCGGUGAUAGCAGGUCGCACUCAAGACCACGUUCGGGAAAUGGUGGACGAAGAGAGGUGCCCCCUCGGGUACCGAGAAGUGAUUCUCGCUCUUCAAGGACGUCGCGGCUUUCACCCCCACGCCAAUUCCUUCGAUCAAUGCCACAACCAGUUCCAAUACCCUUCACCACCACGAGUAGCUUACCAAUAGCCAGUCCCCCGCCCUUCGAAGCUCACGGAAUCACAAUGGAGCGUUCUCCCUCUGGCAAUUCAAUCUUGUCGGAUACUCCUUACGAGCAAACAUAUUGCGAUACAGCGACGGAUAGUGACGAGCAAGCCGCCCGAAGGGUGGAAUACCAUUUCAAGCAAGUUCCUAGGGAGAGGAAAAGAAAACGGCAAAAGCACGAACAUAUUCUUCGAAGGUUAAUCAAACUUGACCAUCCUCUUGAUGUUGGGAAAAUCGAUGAUGCAUCAUUGCUCGGCAUCGUCACCGCUUGCGAUUCCAUCUUUUUCAAUGGUGCUUUAGCUGGACGUGUGAAAUGGGAAUGGUCAUCUCAAGAACGCUAUCAAACCGAGCUCGUCGGCAUGACGGCUCUUCGGAAGCGUGCCGAUCAUGACGGCUUCGAGACGUUGAUUAUACUCUCCGAGCCUAUCCUAAUGUCCUACGAUCGACGGUUACUACUGGCCACCUUCCUCCACGAGCUCGUACAUUGUUACAUGUUCAUCCGAUGCGGCUUCAACGCGCGGAUCGACGGGGGACACACGGAGGGCUGGUACAAGAUUGCCAAUCUCAUCGACAACUGGGUGGGCAAGAAUCACCUCAACCUCUGCAAUAUGAAGGCCAACCUCAACCACUUCCACAAGAAAAACCAUCCCUACGACAAUCCCGCGGCAGAUCAUAGACUCCGACCGGAUCUGUAUCGCGAAGACCUCGAUCUGUGCCAUGGCGGAUGCAGUCACGAUAACACGCGGUAUAUGGAGGUGACUGGUGCUUCCAUGCCUACGUUUGAGCCGCCAUCGAGGUUCCCACAUAGUCCGGCUAUGUCUCAACCCAUGUAUGGCGUCCCACAAUUCUUUUGA